AUGAAUUUCCUACAGAAGGGGCUUGCGGGAUUGGAGAGCCGGCUGGAUAAAGUGUUGUUGGAUGAACCCGGGGGACAAACAAGUACUACACCGCCACCGCCCCAGCUGGCGUUACAGCCGACGAAAGCUGAGGAGAGAGUUGCGAAUACUGUUGCUGUGAAAGGUAUGUUUGUUUACGGGUUGUUGGAGGUUUUCAGGAGGCUAAUGGAAUGAGGGAAUUAGCUGGGAGGGUAAGUCUACAGGAGCGAUUAGCAGCCGCGACAGCUCGGGGGGAGCGGGGCCGGAGCCGGAGUCCCGGAAUCGAAGAUGGGGAGCCGGUGGAAUCACCAAAGGACCAGGGUGAAGACAAAGUCGAUGGUGGGGAAGGUGGUGGAGGGGGCAGUAGUGACUGUAAACCCGAACCACCACCGCCACCUGCAACAGCGCUAGAGGAGUUGCCCGUGCGCUCAUCCACAGACUCCACUGCAUCAAAACCCACGGCCGACCCACCGCCGGCUCUCCCCCCUCCCCCGGAAAUAAUCAUAUCCCCGCGCGGAUCACUAGAAACGAACGGCCAGACCGGCGUUUCAUAUGAAGCCCUAGAGAGCACAAUCACCCUCCUCCGCGAGGACCUAGCGCUAUGCGAAGCCCGGCGACAGGAGGAAUCACACGCUGCGGCGGAGCGCAUUGAUGCACUAGAGGACAAGAUCCGCUACCUCGCGCGCGAGUCCGCCGAGGCGUGCAGACAAAAGGCCAAUGGCGCAGCAUCAGGAUUGGAAAAGAAGCUCGCGGAAGCCCAAGAGAAGAUUGCGCUUCUGCUAGAGGAGGGGGAGAAGCUGAGCAAGAAUGAGUUGAAGUUGCAGAAUUCAAUUAAGAAGUUCCGCACCAAGACGCAGGAGGAGGAGAGGGCUACUGCGGAGGCCAAGAAGCGCGCGGAGAGGGCGGAGAAGGAAGCUGUUGAUGCUAAAGAGAAAGCUAAGCGUGCUGUGGAGGAUGAGAAGAGGGCCACUGAGAGGGCUAAGGGGGCCGUGAGACUUGAGGGUGAGGUGGAAGGCCUCAAGAGGGAGAAGGAAGGUUCUGCAAUGAUCAUUGCCGAGCUUAAGGGGAAACUUGAGGAGGUUACGGAUAGGGCGGAAGAUGCGGAGAGCAGAGCCCAGACCGAAGCGCUUGAGAAGGAGCGGAAGGUCACGGUUGAAUUGAAGACUGAGGUUGAGAGAGUUCAGAGUGAAGCUGCGUUGGUUGAGGAGAGACUGCAAAGCGAAGUCCGGGAUUUGAGGACUAAGAUGGAAAGGGACGCUGAAAGGGCGAGAAUAAUGGAGAAGGAGUUGAGGGGAGAGCAAUCUGUGCGUUAUCAUAUAACUCGGGCGGUCGUGGGCUAUGACUGAUUUGGGUCUCUAGGUGAUGGAAGGCAAGAUGGAGGCUUUGAGAGCAAGAGCUGAAGAGGUUUCCAGCGGAGCUUCAGGGGACGCCCAUGCGAAGCUUUUACGGAAGGUUGAAACUCUGCAGACGCAGUAUGCCAUCGCCAAUGAGAAUUGGCAGGGUAUUGAGGGGAGCAUGCUGGGCCAGAUUUCAAACCUGGAGAAGGAGCGGGACGAGUUGACUAAGAAAGAAGCGGAGGUGCGGAGGAGAGCCAGAGAAUUGGUAUAAUCAAUCGCCCCUGCCUAGAAAUACACGCUUACCUUUCUUGUAGAGUGCAAAAUCCAAAACCCUCGAGAUGGACCUUGAAAUUUCACAGUCUAAAGUCAGCAACUUGGAGACGGAACUCACAUCGUUGAAGAAGCAACUGGGAAAGCUCAAGAAAGAGCACACUGAGGAGAUUUCUGCACUGAACCUUACUCUUUCUAAAGAACGGGAGAACUGGCAGAAGGAGCUGCAAACGCGUCUGGAAGAAGAGCGCACCAAAUGGAUCGAAGCCUCUCGCGCUUUUUCACCGCCACCUCAAGCUUCACUUCCACCGCUCACGUCUGCGCAUUCGAUAAGGAAGUCCAUGAGCCCAUUAUCCACUAGCGAAAGCUACUUCCUGGGUUCUGGCAAUAAUAGCCGUCGUGAAAGCUCCCGCUCUCCAGCGCCCUUGGAAACACCAAUUACUCCGGAGGGUCUAGGUUUAAUCGCAUCCGCUGGGCAAUUGCCGCCACCGCCACCCUGCCGAGGCUUUAGCACCCCUCCACCCUCUAUCCGCCAGGACUCCCUCCCAAUCCACAGCUCUUCCUCUCGCACCUCCCUGCAAAACAUCACUACGACACAACCAAUUACCGACCCAGAGCAGGGAGACCCUGACGCUGUCCCCAUCGACAUCUACGAGACCCCCAUAAACCCCGCCGCCACCACCUCCACAGGGCCAUACACCUACCAAUCCCCGGCAUCCCCGUACCCGCAAUCCCUCGCGCGCCAUCCAGACAUGAUCUCCGUGUCGGCCAUUGCCACGGGCCCAUCCGUACAGCUGGUAGAGCUCAUGUCCUCCACCAUCCGCCGGCUGGAGUCGGAGUUAGCGGCUAUACGUGAGGAGAUGGAAACGGCACAGGCGCAGCGGGAUGAUGCCCGGAGGGAGAUGGCCGACAUGGUCCGUGAAAUAGAGGGCAGUCACGAGGCAGAGAAGCGUGUGAAGGAACUGGAGAGCGAGAUCGAGGAGCUCAAGCGCAGGGAGGAAUGCACGCUUGAGAUGCUCGGUGAGAAGAGUGAGAUGGUGGAUGAGUUGCGCCAGGAUGUGCUUGAUUUGAAGGGCAUGUAUAGGGAUUUGGUCAGUACUGUUAAGUAG